CAACCAAAGACUACUUAGCCCUAGAAGGAGCACUUGUAUUAAAAUGAAUGGGAGAUAUUGGAAUGUCCAAUAUGGAGGAUGAAGAAAAGGAAGUCUCGUCUUAUAGAAGGAAGGAAGUCAUAUGCAUCUGGGAUGGCAUGAGGCACUGGGGAGAGCAAUAAAAAGGGACCAUGCCAGAGACGAUGAGAAAGGGAGCCACCAGUCAAAAAGAGACUGUGUUAAAUUGAGAACUGGAGGAAAUAUGCCGGCAUGGAGUCCUCGUAGUUGGCGGAAGUCAUCAAGUCCCUCGCCAGUAUGCACCAUGCGCAACAUCAGAGCCCUCCCACUCUCUCUCUCCCCUCCCCCUGUGUCCCCCCCCCCACUCUGUCUCUUUACUACAGCCCAUCUCAGUACCCUGAAGGCGUGGAAAUGUCCUGCCGAAGCCAGCUUCCUGUUCGCAGGGGUUUGUCCCGCCGCUGAUGGCCCCAGUGUCUCGUCGUUCUCCCCCUCAGGUGGAUGUACCUGGGCCGGCCUGUUGGAGUUGCAGGGAUCCAGGGCACUUCCGGGACCAAUGCCUAGUGAUGGAGCUGGAAACUGUGGUCCGAGUCCCCGACACUUCACGGGCUGCACCGAUCAAGCUGGAGCGUACAGAAUACGUAUGAGUGUCAAGGGGAGAACACAUAAAGCCUUGGUGGAUACGGGCUGCAACCAGACCACUAUACACCAAUGUUUGUUUCAAGACGAAGCUUUGGGCACAAGCAAAAGAGUGAGGACGGACGCUUCAGACAGGGGCCUGGGGGCAGUGCUUUUGCUGAGGGAGACUAAGUACAUCACCAUUGAAAAAGAGUGUCUUUCUAUCAAGUGGGCCAUCCUCACUCUCCAGUACUACCUGUUGGGGUGGGCCUUCACACUCUGGUCAGAUCACACCCCACUCCAAUGGCUCCACCGCAUGAAAGAUACCAAUGCGCGGAUCACCCAUUGGUAUCUGGCUCUUCAGCCGUUUAGGUUCGAGGUGGUCCACAGACCUGGGGCGCAGAUGGCUUUCGCAGACUUCCUUUCCAGAAAUGGGUGGGGGGAGUGGUGGGCAGACUGGAUGACUCCUGGCAUGAGUCGGGUGAUGGGGAUAUGUGGUGGCAGGGGCGUGGUGCACACACCUGAGAGCUAUAAUGUCUAACACUUGUUUCUGAUUGCAGUAAGCACUGGGGAGAGCAAUAAAAAUGGACCACGCCAAAGACGAGGAGAGAGAGAGCCACCAGUCAGAAAGAGACUGUGUUAAGUUGUGACCUGAGGAGUGUUAUGCUGGAAAGUUAUCUUUAGUUUGUUUAAUUAAAGUCAUACCUUUGAAGUCCCAAGUUUCCUGUGUCCUCCUUUUCCACCCAAGGAACCUGUUACAGCCCUGUUUCAAGUUGUAGAAAAGGACAUCUGAAUCAUUCUGUUGUUUUACACAUCUAAGAGCAGUUACAACCUAUACUUGUUAUUUUUACCUUACUGUACAUUUUGAAUAAGGUUUAGGCAUACUAUUUACUCAUAUUUAUUGACAUACGUAAUAACAUAUAAUUAUAUUUUCUGUACUCAUUGAAUAAGGUGCAGGCGUCCUAUUAUGGGAUUAAGCUGAUAAUAA